UCCCGCCUGUCUGUCUGGUUACGUUCGUCGAGGGCCGCGCCGCUGCUAUGGGAGGCCCGGCUUUCUCUCGCUGGCUCAGCCGCAAGUCCCCGUCCAUCAUUGUCGACUGCGUGGAAGAGAAGCCAAAAUAAUGCAAUGGUGUAAAGAUUCCUGUUGAUGCCAGUAAACCUAAUCCAAAUGACGUGGAGUUUGGUAAUCUGUAUUUGGAUAUGAAUGGAAUCAUCCAUCCCUGUACUCAUCCUGAAGACAAACCGGCACCAAAAAACGAAGAUGAAAUGAUGGUUGCAAUUUUUGAAUACAUUGACAGACUUUUCAAUAUAGUAAGACCAAGAUGACUUCUCUACAUGGCAAUAGAUGGAGUGGAACCACGUGCUAAAAUGAACCAGCAGCGUUCGAGGAGGUUCAGAGCAUCAAAGGAAGGAAUGGAAGCAGCAGUAGAGAAGCAGCGAGUCAGGGAAGAAAUACUGGCAAAAGGUGGCUUUCUUCCUCCAGAAGAAAUAAAAGAAAGAUUUGACAGCAACUGUAUUACACCAGGAACCGAGUUCAUGGACCAUCUUGCUAAAUGCCUUCGCUAUUACAUAGCUGAUCGUUUAAAUAAUGAUCCUGGGUGGAAAAAUUUGACAGUUAUUUUAUCUGAUGCUAGUGCUCCUGGUGAAGGAGAACAUAAAAUUAUAGAUUACAUUAGAAGACAAAGAGCUCAGCCUAACCAUGACCCAAACACUCAUCAUUGCUUAUGUGGAGCAGAUGCUGAUCUCAUUAUGCUCGGCCUUGCUACAUAUGAACCCAACUUUACCAUUAUUAGAGAAGAAUUCAAACCAAACAAACCCAAGCCAUGUGCUCUUUGUAAUCAGUUUGGACAUGAAGUUAAGGACUGUGAAGGUUUGCCAAGAGAAAAGAAGGGAAAGCACGAUGAACUUGCAGAUAGUCUUCCUUGUGCAGAAGGAGAGUUUAUCUUCCUUCGUCUUAAUGUUCUUCGUGAGUAUUUGGAAAGAGAGCUCACCAUGGCCAGCCUACCGUUCACAUUUGAUGUCGAGAGGAGCACUGAUGACUGGGUCUUCAUGUGCUUCUUUGUGGGAAAUGACUUCCUUCCUCACCUGCCGUCGUUAGAGAUUCGGGAAGGUGCAAUUGACCGUUUGGUUAACAUAUACAAAAAUGUGGUUCACAAAACUGGGGGUUACCUUACAGAAAGUGGUUAUGUCAGUCUGCAAAGAGUACAGAUGAUCAUGUUAGCAGUUGGUGAAGUUGAGGAUAGCAUUUUUAAAAAGAGAAAGGAUGAUGAGGACAGUUUUAGAAGACGACAGAAAGAAAAGAGAAAGAAUGAAGGUGAAGAUCAACCAGCUUUCACUCCUGGUGGAAUAUUAACCCCUCAUGCCUCGGGUUCAAGAAAUUCACCAGGUUCUCAAGUAGCCAGUAAUCCGAGACAAGCAGCCUAUGAAAUGAGGAUGCAGAAUAAUUCUAGUCCUUCACUAUCUCGUAAUACGAGUUUCACGUCUGAUGGCCCGUCUCCGAUAGGAGGAAUUAAGCGAAAAGCAGAAGACAGUGACAGUGAACCUGAACCAGAGGAUAACGUCAGGCUUUGGGAAGCUGGUUGGAAGCAGCGGUACUACAAGAACAAAUUUGACGUUGAUGCAGCUAAUGACAAAUUCUGUCGUAAAGUUGUACAGUAUUACGUUGAAGGGCUCUGCUGGGUUCUUUGAUAUUAUUACCAGGGCUGUGCUUCCUGGAAGUGGUAUUAUCCAUUUCAUUGUGCACCAUUUGCUGCAGACUUUGAAGGUAUUGCAGACAUGCCUUCUGAUUUUGAGAAGGGUACUAAACCGUUUAAACCACUGGAACAACUUAUGGGAGUUUUUCCAGCUGCAAGUGGUAACUUCCUGCCUCCAUCGUGGCGGAAGCUCAUGAGUGAUCCUGAUUCUAGUAUAAUUGACUUCUACCCUGAAGAUUUUGCUGUUGAUUUAAAUGGGAAGAAAUAUGCCUGGCAAGGUGUUGCUCUGUUGCCGUUCGUGGAUGAGCGAAGGCUGCGAGCUGCCCUAGAAGAGGUAUACCCAGACCUCACUCCAGAAGAGACUAGAAGAAAUAGUCUUGGAGGCGAUGUCUUAUUUGUGGGGAAACAUCACCCACUGCACGACUUCGUUUUAGAGCUGUAUCAGACAGGUUCCACAGAGAUAUGGUCUUUUUUGCCAUCAUGA